AGAAGAGCUUAGCCGUCAUCUGUUCGGUUUAGACACGAGAAUUAAAACAUACCGGUUGCACACCAUGAGCGCUUUUAUUUUUUUUAUUUAGUUUGCACGUAUUUUUUUGCUUUUCAGAUAUUACUGAGCACAUACAACAGGAGGGAGUUAGGUCAUGUACUCUUUUCAGAAAGGGAUUGGAACUCCCAGAAGUCAAGCAGGGUCAGAGCAAGAUCAUGACAAACAGAAGUUAUCUGGGACGGUUAUGUCUUUACCUCUGCCUGCCAAUCUACCUGCUUCUCUGACACCUGUUGAUAUGGACCAGCUGAGGGCUAGACUUAUCUCAGUGCCUGGCCGUCCCAGGCCGAACCAAGAUGUUCUGGUGUUCCCGCACAGGACCAAAGCUCUGGAGAGGCAAUGGGCGGCACAGAGACCAGCACAAGUUGAGAUGUUGCCUACUCUAAAGAGACGCAAUGAAUCCAAGACACCAGAGAAAACCCAGAACUUCAUCUUCAGCCCUAAGAUGCCAUUUUCCUCACGUGGCACCCAGUCCAUAGACCCCACCUCGGAAAGAGGACCCUCAACGCUGCAGCUUCCCAGAAUUCCCGACCAUGCCAGACAGGUGCAGUUGACUCAGGGCACAUACAGUGUCCCAUCCCCUCCUAAACAAACAAAGAUCUCAUCCAGAAGUCGGCCCGGUACAGUGUCAUCUCUGAGCAUCACCCCCUCUCCAACGCUGUCCCCCUCCAUGCUGUUCAACUCUGCAGAGGACGUGAUCCGUGCCAAGAUGUGCAGCCCGCCCGACAUCAUUCAGACCAUCCGGAAUAACCCUCAUUUGAGAUUCCUCUACAUGAUGUCAGCGGUGCCUAAAUCAUCCAUUAAAUACGACCCAUACAAACUUAAAAUUGUAACAUAUGACAAUAUCAACAAGUCCCACUACUACACGAUCAGCUCACAUGCGGUAAUGCACUAUUGUGGAGCAGAGGUUGAUAUUUUGCCCUUAGAGCGUUGGGAGCAGGAAUACAGAUAUCACCAGCGGCUUCUGCGGAUCCCGCUGUUCACCCUCUUCCGCAAGUGGAAGGCUUUCCGUGUGUGGCGUGCCAACGUGCGCUCCAAAAACAUCAGCAAAUGCAGGCGUUCCCUGCAAGAGAAUCUCUUCAUUCUCAAUGAGUCUCUGAGACCAGCACUGAUUGACAUCAAGGAGAUGUGCUAUCACAUCAGUGACAUGCCUCUGUGCCGACUGGAGAAAGACCACACAUACACACUCAAAGAAUUUCAGAGUGCCCAAUCCAAACAACUGGAGGAGGUGUCCUCUCGUCUUGAUAAGUUCAGGGAGCUGGUAAUGGAAGUGGCUAGAAGUUCCUGUCAAAAUGCUUUGAAAGAGUCUGGACACACACCGGACUAUGGAGACAUGGAAACUGAUGGUAAUGAUGCAUUACCGUCACCUGGUUUUGGAUUAUACUUUGAGGACGCACCUGAGAAGAUGACUUACACUCAGCAAGCCAACAAACGAUACCAUUGCAAACGCCUUACCAGUUUCAUCAGGCUGGCCGAUUAUCUGAUCGUGAACACAACACACAUGCUUGUGGUCAAUUCGGUCAGUAAGCUGCUGAGUGUGUUUCAGGAGCACAUCACACACACACCUCCACACGCUCUCAUCCAGAGCUGGACAGGGAGUGAUCUUGAUGUAAAGGACACUGCAGAGAAGAAUGUGGAUGCUCCUCAUCAGGCGAUGUUCAUAACUGAGCUAAUGCUGGACACACACUCUUUAUCAUACCAGCCAUCUGUUGAUGACUUUCAGGAGUGUAUUGGAGAAAUUACUGGCCAUUUUCAAGAAACCGUUUUAUCUCUGGAUACCCUGAUGCAAGACACCUACUUUGAUGCUUUCACUCAACCCAUUAUCAACAAAAAGGUAGAGAAGAAGACAUGUGGGGAUGGCCCCAGUCUUGAGGAAAUCCUGGAGGAUGACAAUAAUCUGCAAAACAUCAUUCUCGACAUUAAGCAAUCUAUCCAGGUUGCAUUCGAUGCUGCAAGUAUGUUUGCUCAUACAUUUGAGCCAUUCAGACUGUUUUACAAAGAGAAUGAAGACCUGGACAUGGAAGUUCUCAAAAAGCAGGACCACGAUGUUGCAUUUUUUGAAAGCAGUCUGGAGAAAUAUCACAGAGAACAUAAAGAAGCUUUAGCCAUUAAACAGAAAAGACCGCUGGGAAUUCUGAUGGUGGAUACUACACAACUCAAGAAAAAACUAAUACCAUCUCCACUGCGCUGCCUAGAGGUCAUCAAUGACAUCCUCCCUCGCCUGGCGAAGAAAAAGAUGGAUGACAUUAUUGCCGAAGCUCAAGAUGCCCAGUUCAAACUGGGCUCUGUUCCGACAACAACCAUCGAAUACGUGAAUUUCCUCAACUUCCUGGAAGAGAUUCAGAAGAGGAUUGAGGUGCUGGAAAAGGAGACAGAGAUUGUCUGUCAGAUGUACAAAUUGAUCGAGUGUUACUCAGUCCCCACACCUCCUGAAGAUGUUGCUGUGUAUGCCACAUUGCCUUCGUGUGUAAAUGCCGUAAGGAACACCACUGACAAGGCGGUGGAAGAGCGGGACUUUAAUGUUGACAGAUUUUGCCAGCAUCUCCAGCAAGACAUCAACAAACUCACCAACACAGUGCAGGAAGUGAAGUCGCAAGCAGAGAACCAUCAGAUCCUUGACAUAGACGCAGAUCGUUCAAAUAUACGCAUGCUGCUGGCAGGUAUUCAGAUCUCCAUCGAUGAGCUCCAAACUCAGUCCUUCCAAUUUAAAACUUACCAGAAGAACUUUAAGGUGGAGGUGACCAAAUAUGAAGCUCUGGAGGAACUGAGCGCUGAAGUGAAGCUGAAGCAGUUACUGUGGGACUCUCUGGAAGAGUGGGAGAGUCUAGAGAACAGCUGGAAGCAGAAUAAGUUUGAUGAGUUGGACCCAGAAUGGCUGAGUAGGCAUGUGAACAAGUUUGCCAAAUAUGUCAGCCAGCUGGAAAAAGGACUGCCACCAAACAACGUGGUGCCCUGCCUCAGAGAGAACGUGGAGAGCAUGCGAGAAAAGUUGCCGGUGAUCAUAGACUUGCGUAACCCGUGUUUGAAACCACGUCAUUGGGAGAUGCUGGAGGUGAUUGUUGAGGCCAAACUGAUGGAUGAGCCUCUAACUCUCGCCUCCUUACAAGAACUCAGCAUCUUCCAGUUUGCCCCGCAAAUACAGGAGGUGUCAGGACAAGCGUCAGGAGAGGCCUCUCUGGAGAACAUUUUGAAAAAGAUUGAGGAAUCGUGGAAAACAACAGAGUUGGUAGUGUUGCCUCAUCGAGACUCCAAGGAUGUGUUUAUUCUUGGGGGCACUGACGAUAUUCAGGUGCUUCUCGAUGACAGCAUAGUCAACGUGGCCACUGUUGCAUCAUCGCGUUACGCCGGUCCCAUCAUGGCCAGAGUAAACAAGUGGCAGAGACAGCUCUCCCUGUUCAGCCAGACCUUGGAUGAGUGGUUGGCAUGUCAGAGAAACUGGCUUUAUCUGGAGAGUAUUUUCAGUGCUCCUGAUAUCCAGAGGCAGCUGCCCGCUGAGUCUAAGACGUUCUUAAAAGUGGACAAGUCAUGGAAAGAGAUCAUGAGGAAGGUCAGCCGUCUGCCCAAUGCCCUGCGUGCUGCCACGCAACCAGGGCUUCUGGACAUUUUCCAGAAUAAUAAUGCACUACUGGAGCAGAUUCAGAAAUGCCUGGAGGCUUACUUGGAGUCCAAAAGAGUGGUCUUCCCAAGGUUCUACUUCCUGUCUAACGAUGAACUCUUGGAGAUUUUGGCUCAGACGCGGAACCCUCAGGCUGUGCAGCCUCAUCUGAGGAAGUGUUUUGAUGCCAUAUCCCAGCUGGAGUUCGGACAGCUGCCCCCUGCUACGCCUGGAGAGGCGGAAAUGGGGAAACAGUACAAUAAUGACAUCUUAGCCAUGGUCUCACCUGAGGGUGAAAAGGUACAGCUAGGGAAAGGGCUAAAGGCUCGUGGUAAUGUAGAGGACUGGCUGGGCAAGGUGGAGGAGGCCAUGUACUCGUCUCUCAGAAGACUCAGUAAGGCUGCCAUUACCGAUUACCAGAGCAAACCCAGGGUGGAGUGGGUGGUGGCCGGUCAUCCCUCACAGGUGGUGUUGACCAUCUCUCAGCUGAUGUGGUGUAGGGAUAUGGACAACUGCUUGGAGGGGGAUCAUGACCACCAUCAUGCGCUGCAAGAAUUUGAGAUCACCAACUUUGAGAGACUCAAUGCUCUUGCCGCUCUGGUCCGGGGGAAUUUACCCAGUCUUCAUCGGAACAUCAUCACAGCUCUGAUCACCAUAGAUGUGCAUGCCAGAGACAUAGUCACGGAGCUUGUCAAAGAGAAAGUGGACUCCAGUGAUAAUUUCGAGUGGCAGAGACAGUUGCGGUAUUAUUGGGAUGCAGAUUUGGAUAACUGUGUGGCUCGAAUGGCUUUGUCCCAAUACAUCUAUGGAUACGAAUAUCUGGGGGCUUGUCCUCGUCUGGUCAUCACGCCUCUAACGGAUCGGUGUUAUCUCUGUCUGAUGGGGGCGCUGCAGCUGGAUUUGGGUGGAGCUCCUGCUGGUCCAGCCGGCACAGGCAAGACUGAGACAACUAAAGACCUGGCCAAAGCUCUGGCCAUCCAGUGUGUGGUCUUUAACUGCUCGGAUGGACUCGACUAUAAGAUGAUGGGGACGUUCUUCAGCGGUUUGGCUCAGUCAGGUGCCUGGUGCUGCUUUGAUGAGUUUAAUCGCAUCAACAUCGAGGUGCUGUCUGUCAUUGCUCAACAACUCAUCACCAUUAGAAACGCUAAGGCGGCCAAGCUGUCUCGAUUCAUGUUCGAGGGGAGAGAGAUAAAGUUGGUCAUGACGUGCGCCGCCUUCAUCACCAUGAACCCCGGUUACGCAGGCAGAACCGAACUUCCCGACAACCUGAAAGCCCUCUUCCGACCCAUAGCUAUGAUGGUCCCCAACUACGCUCUUAUCGCUGAGGUGAUCCUGUACUCAGAGGGUUUUGAGUCCAGCAAGAUUCUGGCGAGGAAGAUGACUCAGAUGUACAAGCUGUGCAGCGAGCAGCUCUCCCAGCAGGAUCACUAUGACUUUGGCAUGAGAGCUGUCAAAUCCGUGCUGGUCAUGGCAGGUUCAUUAAAAAGAGAAAACCCACACUUGAGUGAGGAUGUCGUGCUGAUCAGAGCUCUGCGAGACUCAAACCUGCCCAAGUUCCUCAAAGACGAUGCCGUGUUGUUCAGUGGCAUACUGUCGGAUCUCUUUCCUGGCGUCACCAUUCCAGAGCAUGACUACGGUGUCCUGCAGUCAACCAUUCACUCGUCCCUGUGUCAACGCUCCCUGCAGCCCCUCCCGAGCAUCAUCAGUAAAGUCAUCCAGCUCUACGAGACCAUGCUUGUCCGUCAUGGGGUCAUGCUCGUGGGGCCCACCGGAGGUGGCAAGACUGUCGUCUACCGCAUACUGGCGGACGCUUUGGAUACCCUAUAUCACACCGGCCACCAAAACCCCUUCUACCGCCCUGUUAAAACCUACGUGCUCAACCCAAAGUCUGUGAGCAUGGGCGAGCUUUAUGGUGAGGUGAACCCGCUGACUCUGGAAUGGCGGGACGGUCUGAUGGCGCUGUGCGUUCGAGCUGCGGUCCAAGACUUCAGCGAUGACCACAAAUGGGUGAUCAGUGAUGGACCGGUGGAUGCGUUAUGGAUUGAGAACAUGAACACGGUGCUGGAUGAUAAUAAAAUGCUUUGCUUGGCUAACAGUGAGAGGAUUAAGCUCACACCUUCCAUACACAUGGUGUUUGAGGUGCAGGACCUGGCGGUGGCGUCUCCUGCCACGGUAAGCCGUUGCGGCAUGGUGUACAUCGACCCAGAGGAGCUGAAGUGGAGGCCGUACGUUCAGACGUGGCUCACGGGCCUCUGCGAGAAGAUUACAGAGCCCAUACGUGUGUAUAUGAUGGAGCUGUUUGAACGAUAUGUGGAGAAGGGCCUCCAGUUUGUUUCAAAGCGCUGCGUGCAGGCCAUCGCACAGGUGGACAUCAGUAAAGUCACAACCCUCUGCUGUCUACUGGAAGCACUGCUGUUCAGCAAUGGGGCUCCUAACCUCAGAUUGGGGUCCAGUAAGUUAAACCGUGUAAUAUGCCAGACAUUUGUGUUCUGCUACCUGUGGGCGGUUGGGGGAAACUUGAUUGACAGCCACUGGGACACAUUUGACACCUUUAUAAGACAGCAGUUUGAAGACAACAACGAUGCAAAGUUGCCCAGUGGAGGUGAUUUGUGGAGUCUGUAUAUGAACUUCGAUACUUGUUCCUUGGAGCCAUGGGAGAAGAUUAUUCCCUCCUUUAGUUAUAGCAGCGAGAUUCCCUUCUUUGAAAUGUUGGUACCCACUACAGACACUGUAAGAUAUGGAUACCUGAUGGAAAAACUACUGUCUGUCAAUCACUCUGUCCUCUUUACUGGCAUCACCGGAGUAGGAAAGUCUGUGGUGGCACGAGCAUUGUUGAACAGUGUGCAGGAAAAAGCAGGUUAUGUCCCUGUUUACAUCAACUUCUCAGCCCAAACUUCAUCAGCCAGGACCCAAGAGAUCAUCGAGUCAAAACUGGAGAAAAAAAGAAAGAAUUUACUGGGUGCUCCGGCUAAUAAAAAGAUUGUGGUGUUUGUGGAUGAUCUGAAUAUGCCAAAACUGGACAGUUAUGGCUCUCAGCCACCCAUAGAGCUUCUGAGACAGUUCCAGGACUUCCACGGCUUUUACGACAGAGAAAAAUUCUUCUGGAAGGAGAUACAUGAUAUGACCAUAGCUGCUGCCUGUGCGCCCCCUGGUGGAGGUCGUAACCCUGUGACCCCUCGUUUCAUCCGCCACUUUAGCAUGCUGUGUCUUCCGACACCCUCCGAGCACAGCCUCAAACAGAUCUUUAAGGCGAUUUUGGGUGGUUUCCUCACCGAAUUCCCCGCAGCAGUCAAACAAGCAGCGGACAGCAUCAUGGAUGCUGCUGUUGAGAUCUACCGGCGUAUGAGCGUGGACCUGCUUCCCACACCGGCCAAAUCUCAUUAUGUUUUCAAUCUUAGAGACCUCUCCAAAUGUGUGCAGGGUAUGCUGCAGUGUGAGCCGACUACAGUGAGAGAUCAGAUGCAGAUCUUCCGUUUGUUCUGUCACGAGUGUCAGCGCAUCUUUCACGAUCGACUCAUCAACAACGAGGACAAGACUUACUUUAACAACAUCCUCUCUGAGAUGGCCAGUAAAUAUUUCAGCAUAAACAUAGAGCCCAUGUACUUUGUGAAUCAACCCAUCAUUUUUGGAGAUUUCAUCAAGGCUGGUGUAGACAAAGCUGACCGUGUGUACGAGGAUCUAACAGACAUGGAGAAGAUCCGUCAGGUGCUGCAGGAAUACCUGGAUGACUACAAUACCACCUUCUCCAAGGAAACCAAACUUGUGUUCUUCCAGGAUGCCAUCGAACACGUGUCUAGAAUCGCUCGCAUGAUUCGACAAGAACGUGGCAACGCCCUAUUGGUCGGCGUCGGUGGCACUGGAAAACAAUCGUUGACACGUCUGGCUGCUCAUAUGUGUGGCUACCGCUGCUUUCAGAUCGAGCUGAGCCGCGGUUAUAAUUACGACAGCUUCCACGAAGACCUGCGCAAACUGUACAAAAUGGCAGGAGUGGAAGGCCAGGACAUGGUCUUCCUCUUUACAGAUACUCAGAUUGUGGUGGAGGAGUUCCUGGAGGACAUUAAUAACAUGCUGAACUCUGGUGAAGUACCAAACCUGUUUGAGAAGGAUGAGCUGAAACAGGUGCUGGCUGCCGUAAGCCCCAAGGCCAAAGAGUUUGGCAUCUCAGAAGGAAACAGGGAUGAGGUCUUCCAGUUCUUCAUCUCUCGUGUACGGGAGAAGCUGCACAUAGUGCUGUGCAUGAGUCCUGUUGGUGACGCCUUCCGGUCGCGCUGCCGCAUGUUCCCCUCACUGGUUAACUGCUGCACCAUCGACUGGUUUGUACAGUGGCCUCGUGAAGCUCUGCUCUCUGUGUCCCAGACAUUCUUCCAGCACGUGGAGUUUGGCAGCGAAGAGAUGAUGCAGUGUUUUUCAGAGAUGUGUGUGGAGAUCCACGUCAGCGUCACUGACAUGGCCGAGCGUUUUUAUUCCGAACUGCGCAGACACUACUAUACAACACCCACCUCCUACUUAGAGCUCAUUAACCUGUACCUGAGCAUGCUGGGAGAAAAGAGACAACAGCUGCAGGCGGCUCGGGAUCGUGUGAAAAAUGGUCUCACUAAACUUCUGGAGACAAAUGAGCUGGUUGAUAAGAUGAAGCAAGACCUCUCUGCUCUGGAGCCUGUGCUCAAACAGAAAUCCAUCGAUGUUGAUACACUUAUGGAGAAACUCGCUGUGGACCAAGCUAGCGCUGACCAGGUUCGCAAGGUUGUAAAGGAAGAUGAAGCUUCAGCUAAAAUAAAAGCAGAAGAGACUCAGGCCAUUGCAGAUGAUGCACAGCGUGAUUUGGAUGAAGCUCUGCCCGCUCUCGAAAGCGCUAACAAGGCCCUCAACUCCCUGGAUAAAGGAGACAUCUCUGAGAUGCGUGUUUUUACCAAACCACCGGACCUGGUCAUGACCGUGAUGGAGGCAGUGUGCAUUCUGCUCAACAACAAGACAGACUGGGGCAGUGCAAAGCAGCUCUUGGGUGAAGCCAACUUCCUAAAAAAAUUGAUGGACUACGAGAAGGACAAUAUAAAACCUCAGAUCCUUCAGAAGCUGCAGAAAUACAUCACUAAUCCAGACUUUGUGCCCGACAAAGUUGAAAAGGUGUCUAAGGCCUGCAAAUCCUUGUGCAUGUGGGUUAGAGCUAUGGAUUUAUAUUCCACAGUUCUGAAAGAGGUCGGACCCAAACGUCAGAAGUUGGAUGCUGCUCAGGCCGAGUUGGACGCAACAAUGUCUACCUUGAAAGAAAAGCAGAAGAAGCUGAAGGAAGUGGAAGACCAAAUCAAAGUUUUGCAGGAGCAGUUUGACUCCAGCGUGGCUGAGAAAGAGGGGUUGGCUAAAACCAUGGCCCUGACUGAAGCACGUCUGGGUCGGUCGGGGAAGUUAACGUCUGCUCUGGGAGAUGAGCAGGUGCGAUGGCAGGAAAGCAUUGCUCUGUUUGAACAGGAGAUUCACAAUGUCAUCGGAAAUGUUUUCAUCGCUGCAGCCUGUGUGGCUUAUUAUGGAGCCUUCACCUCUCAUUACAGACAAUUGCUGAUAGAUCACUGGAUCACACGCUGUCAACAGUUGGGAAUCCCAAUCAGUAAAAACUUCAGUCUGAUCAGCAUUCUCGGAGACCCCUACGAGAUCCGGCAGUGGAAUGCGGAAGGGUUGCCGCGGGAUACCGUCUCCACAGAGAACGGAAUCCUUGUGAUGCGCGGGCGCCGCUGGCCGCUCAUGAUUGAUCCUCAGGAUCAGGCAAACCGUUGGAUACGUUCUAAAGAGACAAAGAACGGUCUUAAAGUGAUCAAGCUAACAGACGCCGGCUUCCUCCGAACACUUGAAAACGCCAUCCGGCUGGGCAUGCCUGUACUGCUGGAGGAGCUAAAAGAAACUCUGGACCCUGCAUUGGAACCCAUUCUUCUGAAGCAGACGUUCGUGUCAGGUGGCAGAACGCUGAUUCGACUGGGAGAUUCUGAUAUUGACUAUAAUAAAAACUUCCGGUUCUACAUGACCACCAAAAUGGCCAACCCCCACUACCUCCCCGAGGUGUGUAUCAAAGUGACCAUCAUCAAUUUCACCGUUACCAAGUCUGGAUUAGAAGACCAGAUCCUCAGUGAUGUAGUCCGUCUGGAGCGUCCUGACCUGGAGGAGCAGAGGAACCAGCUGAUAGUUCGCAUCAAUGCAGACCGGAACCAGCUGAAGGUCACUGAGGACCGAAUCCUUAAAUUGCUUUUUACCUCCGAGGGCAACAUCCUUGACAAUGAGGAGCUUGUACAUACUUUACAAGAAUCAAAGGUGACAUCUCAGGCCAUUAAAUCUCGACUGGUGGAGGCGGAGACGACGGAGGAGAUGAUCAACGCAGCCAGAGAAAAGUAUCGUCCGGUUGCAACGCGUGGCUCCAUCAUGUAUUUUGUCAUUGCCAGCCUGUCUGAGAUUGAUCCCAUGUAUCAGUUCUCCCUAAAGUAUUUUAAACAGUUGUUCAACAACACUAUUGAGGCAGCAGAGAGACACAGAGAUCUAAGCGUGAGACUACAGAUCCUACUGGAUCAGACUUUGUUGAGCGCCUACACGAACGUGUCCCGUGGCCUCUUUGAGAAGCACAAGGCCAUCUACAGCUUCAUGCUGUGCGUGGAGAUCAUGAUGCAGAGGGUAGAGAUCUCCCAGCAGGAGUGGCAGUUCUUCCUGCGAGGGGCUGGAGGCAUGGAGAAGGAAUUGACCGAAAAGCCAGAGGUACCGUGGUUAACCGAUUUCGCCUGGGAGACGUGUUGUAAUCUGGAAGACCAACUGGCAUGCUUUAAAGGCAUUAAGAAAGAAAUGAUAGCCACACCCAUCACUAUCAGACUGGGGAAACUAGAGGUAACAGUAAACCCGGAGCAGUGGGAGGGGUAUGUCACUGCCCUGCCCCCUUACUCAGAGGACACACCCUCUGGAAAGCAACCACAGGUCAGAGGUCAUUGGGAUCAACGGCUUGGUGCUUUUCAGAAACUCAUCCUUAUCAAGAGUUUUAUGGAGGAGAAGGUUGUAUUUGCUGUGACUGAGUUUGUUAUCAGUUGUUUGGGACAACAGUUUGUGGAGAAUCCUCCAGUGGAUCUGGCGACCCUGUACACAGAUAUUUCUCCUUCCACUCCUCUGGUGUUCAUCCUCAGCACAGGCUCAGAUCCAAUGGGAGCGUUUCAACGGUUCGCCAAUGAGAAAGGAUACCAGGACCGGGUAAAAUCCAUUUCGCUGGGUCAGGGUCAGGGACCUAUAGCAGAACGGAUGAUUCUGGAAGCUCUCAAGAAUGGCAGUUGGAUCUUUCUGCAGAACUGUCACCUUGCUGUGUCCUGGAUGCUGGCAAUGGAGGAGCUCAUAAAAACCUUCAAUGAACCUGACACUGUUAUCCAUGAGGACUUCCGACUGUUCCUUAGCUCCAUGCCUACCAAUGUGUUUCCUGUCACCGUAUUACAAAACUCAGUCAAGGUUACUAAUGAGCCUCCAAAGGGUCUCCGUGCCAAUGUGAGGCGGGCGUUCACUGAAAUCGGCAGCUCGUUCUUUGAGGAACACAUCCUCGGCAGAAAAUGGAGGAAGAUCAUCUUUGGAGUGUGUUUCUUCCAUGCCAUCAUUCAGGAGAGGAAGAAAUUUGGUCCUCUGGGCUGGAACAUCCGAUAUGAAUUCAAUGACAGCGACAGAGAGUGUGCUCUUCUAAACCUGAAUCUGUACUGCCAGAUGGGACAUAUACCCUGGGAUGCUCUUACAUACAUUACAGGUGAGAUUACAUAUGGAGGCAGAGUGACAGAUGCCUGGGAUCAGCGAUGCUUGCACACUAUCCUUAAGGGUUUUUUCUCUCCAGCCACAUUAGAAGAAGGUUACAUCUACUCUAAAUCAGGGAUUUAUUUUGCUCCUGAUUCAGACAGUCUGACUGACUAUAAGCAGUAUAUUGAGAAUCUGCCUCUGAUUGAUGAUCCAGAGAUCUUUGGCAUGCAUGAAAAUGCCAACCUUGCCUUUCAGCGACAGGAGACAAUGACGCUCAUCGGCACCAUUCUGGAGGUCCAGCCCCGCUCUUCAUCAGCGGGUGGAGGGAAGAGUAACGAUGAGGUGGUCCAUGAGCUGGCUGACUCCAUCUUGGGUAGAAUCCCUGAGAAGCUGGAUAUGGAUGCAGCAGUGGAGAGUCUAUUCUUGCAAGACUCGAACGGUAGAGUGAACUCUCUAACCACUGUGCUCGGACAGGAAGUGGACCGUUUUAACUUCUUGUUACGUGUGCUUAGAACUUCACUAAGUACACUGCAGAAGGCAAUAGCAGGACUAGUGGUGAUGUCAGAAGAAAUGGAAAAGAUCUAUAACAGUUUCCUGAAUAACCAAGUUCCAGAUCACUGGUCAAGUGCUGCUUACCCAUCCCUCAAACCUCUGGGCAGCUGGGUUAAAGAUCUAACCCUACGCACAGCUUUUAUAGAGAGUUGGAUCACAAGAGGUCAGCCCAAAUCUUUUUGGAUUUCUGGCUUCUUUUUUCCUCAAGGAUUCCUCACAGGGGCACUUCAGAAUCAUGCACGCAAGUUCAACCUGCCCAUUGAUGAGCUUAACUUUCGUUUCAACAUGGUACCAGUGUGCAGAGACCAGACCCUUGUCACUGAAGCUCUGAAAACUCUCGGCCCAGGGAAAGAACUUGACAUGGACAAUGAGCUUCCCACUAUAGAGGAUGGGAUUUUGGUUCACGGAUUGUUCAUGGACGCUUGUCGCUGGGAUGACACUAACAUGGUUAUUGAAGAUGCCUUGCCAAGAGUGAUGAACCCCAUGCUUCCGGUGGUGCAUUUUGAACCCCAGCAAAACUACGUUCCUGAGUCCAGCCUUUACCACGCACCAUUGUACAAAACCUCAGCUCGUGCUGGAACUCUGUCUACUACAGGACACUCCACUAAUUUUGUGGUAACUGUAAUGUUGCCAUCUAACCGGAACAGUGACUACUGGAUCUCAAAAGCUUCUGCACUACUUUGCCAACUCAAUGAGUGAGCA